GUUAACGUGAAAGCAGUAGAAAUGAAAUGGUUGACACUUUUCGUGUGUAUUCUAUCAAGCGCAACAUGUGAUUACACUGUGUCCAUUUAUCCUGAAAUUCUCAAGAUUGGGGCCGUUACUCAUUUCAACCAUGGGCGAUGGAAUGGUAAGAAUGGACUGGACACACCGGCAAGUAUUGCUCAUGUUACGGAGGUUGGAGCGACGGCAGCCCGAUGGUUGAACAGAGAUAUGGCAGGGGGACUAUUUGAGAAGGCAUCUGAAAACCCCAACAAGAAGGGCUACCCUGACCCCAAGUACUUUCAGGCCCAUCAACAGGAAAUCUGCACCAAAUACUUGGAUAAUAUGAAUGGAUAUCACAAUCCUGAAGUUGUCAUGGAAAUAAAGGGUAUCACAUGGCCUCACUGGAUGGACACCUCUGCCCACCACGGAUUCUUCCCAAACAACAUCGAUGCUGCUGCUGAGUUCGUCUUUCUGCUGGUCUAUGCAGUCAACAAAGGAACCAAAGGACAAUCACCUAUGUUCUUCGAAGUCAUCAAUGAACCAGGGAGCCAAUGGCGGAACACGAACUGGACUUCCUUCAUCAUAUUUCGUCAGGCUGUUGCUCAGAAAAUUAAGGCAAAAUACCCCAAUAUGAAGAUCGGAGGUCCAACAUUAACUGGAGCUUCUGCAUAUUUUGAUCGUGAAGACUUCAAGAUUUUGGAACAAAUCAACAGAUUUUUUGGACAUGGGUCUCAACAAUUUAGAUUUUUUCUCAUUUCAUUCCUACACAAGUAUGGAUGUAAGUGGAGGCUCACACCAUUUCCAUGGGAGUUCCGAAGCUAAGCUUUUUGGACUUCUGGAUCUAGUUGAGAGCUACUCUCAUAAGAAGAAAAAUAAAUUGUUGGAUAUUAUAGUCAGUGAAUUUGGUCUCGGUCCAGUAUCAGGACUUGAUGUACAGAAGCCAUCCACCUUUCUUGACUGGGCAUACAUUUACCAACACAAUGCCCAGAUAUUCACCUUUCUACAGCGUCGGGAUGUCAUGAGAAAAGCCGUAGCUUUCCUGCUCACAUAUACUGAACUUAAAGGGCAAGCAAGUAUUAACUAUAGCAUUCUGGACAAGACCCACAAAGAGAGGGACAUUGCCCAAGCUUUCAGGUUCUGGAAGAACUUCUAUGAUACAAUGACAUACUUACGAGUAGACAGUCAGUUCCAUAACUCCGAGAGAAAGAUUGUACCUCACGUUUUAGUUGAUCAACGAAACGGCGGCCUAACCAUUCUUCUACAUAACUACGACCAAAAGCCAAGUCAUGUAAAGCUCUCUUUCGACAAGGGUUGGUUCCAUCCGACAAGUGGAAAGUCCACCUGUGAAUAUCUGAAUGCACAGAAGAAAGCAACUCUAGCUACAAACCAGCCAGUUCACGUCUCCAACUCCAUGGUAACCGUUCCUGCUGAAGCGAGUUGUUACUUCCAGUUCCACACAACCCACAACUUUGCCCAUGCUCCUACUGUGACCCAGAAAACGUACUACUCCACCGACAUGGUUGUCCCCAUUCACAACACCGUCGUCGAUGUUAAAGUUAACGUCCCGAACAUUGGCAACCUUGACUUUGUUCGUCUGAGAGUUGGUGUCAGUUUCAGCAUAAAAUCUCCCCAUCAGAAACUCAAGACGGUGGUUGUGAACGGUCACUCCUUGACGUCCUUCUAUUCUCUGCAGACUCACAGUGGCUCUGGUGAAGACACUGUAUGGGAGGUCUUUGAGUACAACGUCCCCAACAACGUUGUACACCAACACAACAACGACGUCAAACUUAGCUUCUCUGAGACUGGGGGUUAUGUAUCAACUGUGGCAGUGAUCGUUGGAAGUCACUGAUGGUGAUUAGUGUACUGAAUCCCAAUAACUGAAUAAAUUCGGUUACAACAUA